GCAAAUCCCCAGACUAUAUGGAUUGCCUGUCUAUUUAGGCAUUCUCAUAUACUUGACUGAGGUUUAAGCAUUAACUUUUACCUCUCAAUAAAAAAAUUCAAAGCGAAAUGGAAGCUGCAGCUCUCCCCAAUAUUCCCAACCAAGAGGAUGCGAAUGCUGAGAAAGUAGUUGGAAAUAAUACUAGAGCAACUGCAGGGACUCAAACCGCAGAGGAUUGGAAUCGUUUUAAAUGUGCUGGUGAACCAAUCCUAAUCUUAGAACCAGAAACAGACCCAAACACAAAUCCCAACCAAAAAGAAGUUUUUAUGGUGACAGUCGAUACCAAAACGAAGAAAGUAUUAAAUUUUCGCAAAGGUAUUGUAACUUUAAACAUGGGGGCCGGAGAUGCCAUGAUGGCUGUGGAUAGAUCGCGUGGACGCCACAUGGAGACCCAUCCGCAAGCGCAUCGUCGGCCGACUAACCCCCACUUGGCGCCAUAUAUUUGUAAUCUUUGCGCGCAGUACGUACGCGGCGGAGUCAUAACUAUUUGUGGCCAUCUCUUUUGCUGGAUCUGUUUGUGGCCCAACCUGCACAACAGCCGGUAUCCGAAGUGUCCACGAUGCUCCCAUCUCCUCAUUUUGCACAAGGAUAUGAUACCCUUUCUGGGCGAAGGACCGCGUGCCCGGUCCGUUGAUGGCCAGGUCGUGGCUCAGCCUGAAGCAGUUCCGCGCCCCACUGGAAUGUACCUCUGUGAUUCGAAGAUUCCCAGCUGGUUUCGACUAAACGAACCCGCCGAUGUGGGUCAUCUUGGUUUGGCCACUUCCAAUCAUCGAGAUCUCUUAAGUAUCCCUGAGCGCCUUCAGACCCAUUAUUUGGGCAUCCGAUUUGAGGCCCUCAAGUUGUUUCAGAUAAUAUUCGCCGGAACUAUGAUCUUUUUUUGGUGCAAGUGCCUAAUAACCUAAUUGAUUUUAGAUAAUUCACUGAUGUUUAGUU